AUGCAUUUCAGGAUAGCGGAGGUGAGGAAGGAGGAACCGAAGAACGUGCGUCCUCUCAAUCCACCACCGUAUUCACCAGAAAUACUCAACAAUCUUUCGAAAUAUUCGGUUUGGUCUCUGUCGAUGAUUGGUCGAGAACUGGUUCAAGAACUCAUAUUAAGAACACAAAUGUUGAUGAAUUUACUGUUCAAACUGAUCGAUCGGCGUUAUCAGCAGCAAUCGACCAGCGAUCCAGAACAACUGCUCGAGUAUUGUCAAAUGAUUCUGACGAGAAUUGUCGAGAUUCGAUUGCGAAUCGAUCGUGUCACAGCACAUCAAAAGCACAUUUCUGAGGAUGAUUUCAUCGCGAUGAUGUCUGACCCGAGCACCCCACAAAAACCUCCUCAACAGUGGUGUUCCCCAUUACUUGUUGCAUUCAACUUACAGGUUCAGAAGGAACAAAUCUUUGAAGCACAACGUCAUAAAUUGGUGAAACUCAGUUCAGCGCUCAAGUCAUUCGAAUGGAUGUGCAGUGUUUCAGAUCCGAGACUGCUUAAGAAACCCGAAAAACUUUAG